CACAAAAUAGGUGAAUGAAGGAAUUUGAAGAAAUAGAAAGAAGUCGCUAAUUUAUGCGAGACGGCGUCUUUAUUUUCAGAUGAAAUUGUCUAACUUGUUGUAAGAUUUAGAAAAUAACACUUGUUGGCCUUGAGGAUUUAAAAAAAACAUUCAAUAUGGGGGACCAGCAAUUUUUCUUAAAAUGGAAUGACUUCCAGACGAAUAUGGUUACAUCUUUUCGACAUUUGAGGGAUGAAAAAAGUUUUACAGACGUAACACUAGCUUGUGAAGGUCAGACGUGUAAGGCACACAAAAUGGUGCUAUCGGCAUGUAGUCCAUAUUUUAAAAGCUUAUUAGAGGAGAAUCCAUCAAAACAUCCCAUAAUUAUCUUAAAAGAUGUGUCAUAUUUGCACUUACAAGCGAUACUCGAGUUCAUGUACGCCGGUGAAGUCAAUGUGUCCCAGGAACAGCUGCCGGCAUUCCUCAAGACUGCUGCAAGACUUAAAGUUAAAGGCCUUGCCGAGCCGCCGCCUCAGAUGCCCAGUAUCAAGAGGGAAGGGUAACCCAGUGUGUGCUUUAAAGACUUUAGUGAACUAUGAAACACCAAUGUAACAUAAAAAUUAUUGACACCACACCGUAUGUAUUUUUAUAUGGCAAUUUAUAAACACCUUAAAGCUUUUUGUCUUAUAUUUGCAAUAUUUCGACCAGCAACACUUUUUAUAAUAUGUGUAUUUUAAAUAAUUUUGAUUAUUUUUUCAUUAUUAUUUUUUUUAUUUUCAAUAUUCUUUAAAGAUUUUAUGCAUUUUGCAAUUCGCAUUAGUAGCUUAAGUUAUGAUUGCCUUUAAUAAUGUGUUGCGACCUGCUGUCAUCGGCUGAGCUACCAGAGCAGUAGCCAAUUUUAGGAUAGCUACAUUUUCUCGUAGGAUAUAGCACUAAAUAUGGAGACUUUAUAAAAUACCUGGUUGCUGUUAAUGUAUAAAUAUGAAGCAAUAUUUUUAUAAACGAGAAACUCCAGAAUAAGAAAAAUUUAAUUUUAAAACAAACCCAUAGCUAUAAUAAACCAUAGAGAAUCUCUUUCAUAGAACUCUGUUCCUUUUGUUUCUCCAAUAUAUAGAAUAUAAAAACAAUAUAAUAUUGUUCAUAGACAAUGAACUCCAUUUAAAAGAGUUGUACACAACUGUUUUAUUAUUAAUUUUUAAGAGCUAUAAUAUCUAAUUUGCACUUUGGUGAAUCGUAUUUUACAAAUCAUUUAUUUAAUUUAAAAUGCAACUUACUCUCACAGGAUUAAGAAUGGAUUUUUAAAAUAAACAUUAAUGAAUUAUAUUGAAAAUUAAGGAUAAAUGACCGUUUGAACAACUGCAUUUUGUGUUAGGUUUCGUGAUGGUGCUCUAUAUAAUAUCAAAAUAACUGAGCCUUUGUAAGUGAUUCUGCUUAACACAAUCUUUAAACGAUUUUUUUUUGCUAUCUCUUGUUAGAAGUAUUGGGGGUAACUAAUUUCAUUCAUACAUUUCUGUAGUGAUCAUAAUUAAAAACAUGCUGCUUUGUGUGCGUGGAGUGACUGACUAUUUAAUGUACGGGUUAUGUUUUACUGUGAUUCUGGUGAUUGAAAAUUUUAAUAUUGUCAUUUUUCUUGCUGACUCUACCAUUUUUCAAAAUCUUUGAAAUUCAACAAUAUCUUCGAAAUACAUAAAGCUUAAGUAGACAAGAUUGCGGUCCCAUCACAAUUUUCACCUUGCUUAUUAUGAUAUCCUGCCAAAAAGAUAUAUUUUAGAGAUUGUUACGAACAGAAUCAACACCAUUGUAGUAAAAAACAACAACAAAAAAUUAUAUUACAUUACCAAUCACCAUCUAAUAAUAAUUUUAUAUAUUAUAUCCGGGUAGUAACCACAAUCAUUUGUCAUUUUGGCCUACGCUCAAUCACAACCACGACGGAAUUGCACCUGUAGUGGUUGAGAGGGAAUGAAUGAGGGAGGAAAUGAUGAUCAGAAACUAAAUCUGUAUAAAAAUAUACUUUUUCAAGUACAGUUUUAUAAAAAAUUUUGAACUGUCAUGUUGAAUUGACAAUAAAAGUAAAUAUACAUAUUUUUAAAUAUCGACGAUUCAUCAAAAUGUUUAUAAUUAUUAUUAAAUAUAUCACAUUAGUUUGAUGUGGUGGCAAUCACACUUUAGACCCUUCCAAUCUAAGUUACCUAACGACCAAAGUUUUAGCUCGUAUUCCUCAGAACAGAUGAACUAAAGUCUGCUUCGCGAUCACAUCAAUGACAAACACAUGUUAAAAUAUCAACAAUAACUACAUAAUAUCUGAUGUGCUACAGUCAGUGCUCUUAUCAGCGGUCAAUGGUCCUUUUGAUUAACACAUAGGUGGUGAGGUUACUGUUCAAUCUGUUACCUCACCGUCUCAUUAUUUUCGGAUUGAUUUAGACAUACAGAUGUCAUACUUACAGAAUAAAACUGACCAUAAACAAAGUAUAAUCAAAAAUACUUUUUACUAAUACCGUUUGUACCAGGGUAGAAUUCUGACUGUACAAUAAAUGACUAAUCGUUUUGUUUAUAUAACACUGUAAUACAGUAUCAUAAAAUAUAAGGCAUAGUCCUGAUUUAAAAAAUAAUAUCGACAAAAAUAUUAUUUUCAAUUUCUCAUCACAUGUUAUUUUAGUAGUGUGCUUAUGUAGAUUAAACAAAAAAUAGCAAGUCUUAUAUAAUUUGAAGUUAUAAUAUUUUUUAGAAUAUCAUUAAUGUAACUAAAUUGUUCAUUUAUUUAGUUUCUUCUCAAAAUGACUUUAUACCUGUCUUGAUGAUAUUAUAAUUAUUGUUGGCAUUUUAAUACUACAUACUAAUUAUAGCUGAUCUAUUCCACCAAUGGAUGCCUUAUAAUAAAUACAGUUUCCAAUAUAAAUGUCGAUUCAUACUGAAUUAAAAAAAAAACUGUGAAAAUAACACAAGUUAUUGUGUUUUAUUUUAUAUAAAAAUGAUAGCAAAUGCCUUAUUAUUGGUUUACAUAUGUAACAUGUGCUUGGCACAAUUAGAUGUAUUUUGGAAUCGACAUUUCCGUCUUGGAAUGCCUAACGCUUGUUAAUAUUAUAAGGUGUUGUUUGAUGCAAUUAUGUCUAGUUGAUUAAUGACGAAAUUUUCCCAUGUGUAUUUUUGUGCUCGAUGCUAUGUAUUUUUCAGCAUAAUACAUUUUUUUUAACUCUGGUUAAUUUUUUAUCUUUAUAAAGUCAAAAUUUACAAUUUUAAUUUCUAAGUUUUAGGUUAAGUAUAUUUUUUUUUUCUAAAAUUCUUUUUGAAGGCAUCUGACCUGUGAGCCUUAAAUGAGAAUUAAAAACUUAGUACAAAUCGUAUUUUGACACUGUUUUCUCAUUUUCUAUUUCAUUUUCAUUUUAUCGGUGCAAUGUCAGUUUACUUUUAAUUUAAUAAUUUAUAUGACAAAUGUACGUAUAUAGGAUAUGUACAUUUUUGCAUUUGUUCAUUUACUCAUGUACUGUUCACAAUUAAAUUAGUUAUUAUUUUUUUUUAUUUUUCUUUCGUAUUGUUUAAGAUGAACUUAGGUCUUCGUUCAGCACUUUAUUUUUAUUUUCACCCUUUUUGUUUAAUGUUUCCAUCGUGUGAAGCUGUAAUGUUAGUUGUUGUAAAAAUGUAAAUCUGAUAUUUUUAGACGGAGUGGCGUAUGCGCUGAAUAGUAAUCACGUGAAAUAGUUUGUAACGGUUGAAAUAAUGAAGGAUUUGUAAUUUUAGAUAAUAAUAAAAAAUAUGCUAAGA